UUUUGUUUUUAUUUUAGUGGAAAUCAACGACGGAGUUAGUUAAUUAUUCGGAAUUUCCACGAUUUUUACGUGAUUUUCUUCAAAUCGGCGAUCGAGAUGGCUUCAACGGUCGUGUCGGACUCUACGGAUCAACCCACAGCAUCAACGGCACCGAAAAGUUUUGCGGAAAAACAUGCCGAACGGAUGGAACGUCUGAAAAAACUUCACAUGCAGCGGAAUGAAGCCAGGAACUCCAACCACCAGGAAGUAAUCGCCGAAGACGAACGGAAGAAGCUGCCAGCAAACUGGGAGGCAAGGAAACGGCAAGCAGAUUGGCUUAUCGACGAUAGCAAGGCGAAGGCCGAAGCGGAAGCCAAAGGUUUGGACUACAAUCGGGUGAAAUUGAUGAAGGUGUCGGCAGCGGAGGCGGAGCGCUUCGACAAGCUGAGAGCAAAGAAAAAGAACGCCGAUCCGGGAUUUUCCGAUUACGAAGCUCAAACGGCCCGGCAGUACAAUCGUCUGGUCAAGAACAUGGAACCUAGGGAUCUGGCCAAGUACGAAGAGCAGAAGGAAAAGUAUGGCGAUGCAUUCUACGGGGGCCCAAAUGUGGUGCUUCAAGGACUGCACAAGGACACUCCGGUGGCGAUCGAUAAGAUGGUCAAAGAUUUGGAGCAACAGAUCGACAAGCGAAAGAAGUUCUCGCGCAGGAGGACACACAACGACGACGCAGACAUUGAUUACAUCAACGAGAAAAAUGCCCGGUUCAACAAGAAGCUGGAACGAUUCUACGGGGAACAUACGGCCGAGAUCAAGCAGAACCUGGAACGGGGAACUGCUAUUUAAGGGUGUGGGUGAGUUUUUACAAUUAAUUUUAAUGAUUAUGGAUAAAUAAAUGUGGUGAAUAUUUGCUUUGAAAUAAAA